AAUACAUCACUCACUGUAUUCAAUUAAAAACUAACAGACAGUCUGGACAUGAAUAAAAUUACUUCAUAAUGUAACAUAGAUAUAGAUAUUACCUUUAUUUUGUUAAAUACCGUAUAAGAUCUAGUGGUCUGAAACAAUUAGUUAUACAAAUUUCAUAGACGUUCCAAAGACUAGGAAGACGUUUCUAGGAUAUUUGCGUUAUCUCGGGCAUCUAUCAUCCAUAACUAUAAAUGAGCUUUGUAAACUGUAAGACUGAAUGCUAACAUAUUAACAGACAAUAGAAGGCAGAGAAAGGACAUUCAAAAUUAUCAGGGCAUAUUUGACGAUGUAAAAGUAAAGAUUUUUCGUACGCGAAGGAAUCGUUGGGAGUCACGAAUAUAGAAAACGAUGGUACGGUGCCUGUCCCCUUCGAAGGAACGGAUGGCUUCUCUGCACGCGAUUCACCACCAGGCUCCACUUACAUCCCGUUAAGCCAAAGUUCGAUUUCCUUGUGGAAGUCGGGCGUCGAGGGACGAAACUGUUUCGUGAUUAACGUAGGCACGAGCGAGUGUACUCUGCUGCAAUCGAUUGGUAUACCUGGCUUAUAUGUAGCCCCGGGACACCCAUUCGAGGGUCAGAGUGGAUUCAGAAUGCUAGGAACGAACUUAUCGCGUCGAAGUCGUUUCAGCGGAGGUUCGAUGAGCGCCGCAGCAACAACUGGAAAUUCAGCGACGUAUCUGGCUCGUCCAAGACUUCCUCUUCGAUCCUAUUUAAAACCAAAGUCUACAACCAAUUUGCUGAAUUUCGAUCAAACCGGAUAUGGCCGCUCAAGACGGUUCAAACCAAGAAAAUUAAAUGGAUUUCAAAAAAUCGAUACGACUAAAAAGAAACCGACUGAUUAUACGGAAAUGGCUUAUAGAGAAGCUGUUUCAAAGUUAAAGUAUUUGUUGGCAGAAUCUUACACUCCAAGGAUUCUGCCAAGGAAGUUUGGUCGCAGCAGGGAUAAUUACCAAGAUAGUAAUCCAAGGAUUAAUGAAUCCGAAGAAGACACUGACGAUAGAAGUGUUUUAAGCAACAGUUCUCGGACGAAAGAAUUCAAUGGGAAUUUACCUCCCAGGGCAAGUCCUUAUUUGCCCCAGCCAAAAAAUAUACAUUUGGCAAAAGCAUGCAGUAAUCUAGUUCUGUCAGCGGGAGAUCAGCAAGGUGCUCCACCUGAAUUAGCAUCAUUUAUCGAACGACAAGAAGAGUAUAUAGAACAAUUGGAAAGAGAAUCGCAAUAUUGUAGGGACGAACUUACGAAUUUGCUUGGUAAAGUGAGAGAGGUGGUCGCAGAAAACGAUGCGCUGCAUGAUAAGAAUAAAAAUGGCUUCCUCAAAUCCGUGCUGGACGAGUAUAGAAAUUCCGAAGAGGAGAAUAAAGAUCCGGAGGAAUACAAAUCCCACGGGAAUACUUUGGAUUCAAAAGGGAAGCGCGUUAAGUUGCAAAAGGUCUUAGAAGGUCCCAGUAUCAUGUUCGAAUCGCGUAUCAGUGAAUUAGAGGCUCAAUUAACUCAGGCAAAAGUGGAGUUGCGUAAAGCUCAGGAAGAGAAUCAGUCGAAUAUUAAGAGAUUAGCCGAAAGCGGUGCGACUCCUGGAAGUUCUGAAAUGAAGUCCCAAUUGGAACAGGCUUUAAGGGAUAAGCGUGAGAUUGAAGGGAAACUUGAGGAUUUACAGAGGAGCUUAAUUCUUGCGAGAGAGAAGGAAUCGGAUACGGCUCAAAAAGCAAAACGCGCUCUUGACAUUGUGGAACAAGCACAAUUCGAGAAGACACAAGCAGAGGCAGAGAUCAGGAGACUUCGUGAUGAACUGGAUAGACAGCAUGAAAAGUUAAGGGAAGCUGCACAGGAGGCGAAUAGACGAGUUGCUGAUGAGAGACAUCAGGUUGAGCGUAGAUACAGUCAGCAGGUAGAGCAACUAUCGGCGGAUAUAGCAUCUCAUUGGGAUGCUGCAAGUAAAUCUCAACUAGAGUCAGAAAAGCAACGCAGAGAAUUGGCUGACUUGAGAAGAGAUCUAGCUCAGAAACAAGCAUUGAUCGAUGAUCUGAAGAAGGAGUUACAAAAUAAAAUAUCAAGCUUGCAAAGUGAUCUAAGCCAAGCUGUUGCUGAGAAGGAUGCAGCGGAACAGGAAGUGUCUGCUGCAACAUUAUCAGCAGAGCGUAGCGAACGACAGGCGCGUCAUGAUCAGAGUAGAUUACAAGCCGAAAUCAAUUCUUACAAACAGAGAUUAGAACGAGCGGAUGCUGACUUGGUCCAUUGCCGUAGGGAAAAUUUACGUUUAUCCGAACAGAUAGCGUCACUCGAAAAAGAGAUUGGCAUGAACAAAAUGAUCCAUUCCGAAGCUGUACCCUUGACAGGUGGUUCAUCAGCAAGACCAGAAAAUGAAAAGGAACUGACGUCAAUGAUCAUGAACAUGGAAUCAAAGCAUGCUGCUACAGUGGCCACUCUAGAAGAUGCUAUGGCCAAUCAGGCUUCGCUCGUCUCUCAACUGACCGCCGAAUGCCAAUCUCUCACACAUCGUUUGGAAGCUAACAGCCAGAGACACAAGGAAGAAAUGGACAGCCUACAAACCAACAUAAUGUAUUUAUCGAGCAAGAUACAAGACAAGCUUAAUAAUGAUAAAGGAGUAUCCGAAAAACUAGGUCAGGAAGCACAAAUGUACAAUAAAGGUAUAGCAAACUUGUCUGAAAGAACGUCUGAGCCACAAGAAGUACAAUCAAUCAUUUCGAAAAAGGAUCCAACAAAAGAAGACGCACAAAGGUUUAAUGAAAGACUUAAAAAUCCGGAAAACGAACAAUAUACCGUAAGUAGAAAUCAAGAGGAACUUGAUUCAGAAAAUGACGUACAAAGCGGUCACGUCCAACAAGAACAGUGUGAAUCAGAAAAUCAGCAGCAGGAACUCUCGUCGGAUGUGCUGGAAAACGUUAAUCAGGAAGGAUAUGAUUCUCAAAAUGUGAUGCAAUAUGAUCAGCAGGAAGAUCAAAAUUUGGAUCCUGCGUACAAUGAACAAAUGUAUCAAUAUGAUCAAUACGACCCGAGUCAGUAUGAGGGACAACAAUAUGUUGAAGAUGAUCAAUAUAAGGCUGAGGUUGGUUAUCAAGAUGGGCAAUAUAAUGAGCAAGAAUAUCAAAAUUAUCCUAAUAAUUAUGUGGAGAAACAGAGCACUGAGUUACGCGAAACCGAACAAUCAUCUGAGGAACCCGCACUGGCUGAAGCUCCAACGACGAAUUAGUCUGGAUGAUAAUGUUUCGUAAUUUAUUUAAAAAUAAAAGUGCAAGGCUUGCGAUAAUGAUUUCUCACUGUGUGCAAUAUAUUUCAUGGUGAUUCUUUGUUUCAUAGUGCAAUAGCAAAAUAAUAUUUAUUUAUGCGAGUUCAUAGUUACAUUAACCCUAGAUUUACCAUCUAUUUAUUCAUUUUGACUGGUACUGGUAUAAAUGUCAAUAACAACAAUUAUAUUUGUUACUAAUGUAUAUAAAAUAACAUUAAGUUUAUAAAAUGUGUUCUCUACUUAUAGUUACAAAAGUCAUAACAUCAUUUCUGAUAUCAAAUGAUAUAUGUAGUAGGAAUUUUGAAUUGAAAUUGCACGACCAGUCAAAAUGACUGGUCUGGUAAAUCUAAUGUUAAGAAUGACUUUUUCGAUAUUGAAUGGAGAUUCCAUAUUAUGUAGGUGUGUAAGGGAAGAGUAACAAUUGACCUUUAUACAUGUAAUAAAAAGUAAUUAAAGUAAUUAUUAAAGUCCUCGACGCUUA